AUGCGCUUGUCUUGCAUCGCCUUUAGUGCAUUGAAUGUAUUGAUCGCUGUACAGGCGAGCCCUGUCUCAAAAUCUUCCUCUGAUUGUGACAGCUUCCUUAACGUCAAACUCGCUUCGGGUUAUCGAGUGUCUGAUUCUACAGUGUUCCCACCUGGCUCGUUGAACUCGUCGGGGAUUGUUAAUGAAUUCACAUUUUGUCGAGUGGAGGGAACCAUUGAUUAUGACCAGGAUGUCACGCCUGUUGACAAGGGCCCCAACACUUUGGCCUGGAAUCUAUAUUUACCGGCAUCAAACGACUACAAUGGUCGCUUCAUGGCAGUUGGAAACGGUGGCUACGCCGGUGAUAUCGACGAGGCAUCAAUGAUAACCCAGCUCAAUCUCGGAUAUGCCGUAGCUGGCUGCGACAGUGGCCACUCCCUCGCUGACAGUGGCAAUUCAACGUACGCCCCAUUCCUGGCCAAUAAUGCACAAGUGAGAGUAUGGAUUCACGAAUCCAUUGCAAUGAUGACGGAAAUAACCCGCAACCUGACCACGCAAUACUACAACGAGACACCAGCUUUCAGUUACUACUACGGCUGCUCUACCGGUGGCGCCCAGGGGUACGCCUUAGCCCAGUUUCAUUCAGAAAUAUUUGAUGGAAUCUACACUGGAUGUCCCGGCAACUGGUAUAGUCACCUCAUGCUGAGUUUUCUUUGGAAUGGAUUGCAUACACAGGGCAGCGGGUUUAUGAGUCAAGAGGUUCUGAACUUCAUCACUGAGAACGUGAUAUCGGCGUGCGAUUCUCUGGAUGGGGCGAUCGAUGGACUGAUUGAAAACCCCCUGCUGUGUGAAUACGACAUUUCUCAACUUGAGUGUGCAUCGGGACAAGAUCCAAGCUCGAAUGGAGUAGUGGCAUGUCUCACUUCUGACCAACUCGUCGCGGCAAAGGCUAUAUAUCAAGGCCCGAAGAACGUGAUUGAUGGAGAAGAGGUUUAUCCAGGAAUGAAACUGGGCUCCGAAAGCAGUUGGCUGCUACAAGAAACAACCCUCUACACCACCUACGCAGCCCUCAUUCUGAAAGAGCUAGUCUUCAAGGACUUGACCUACAAUAUCUCCACCUUUGACUGGGGGACCGAUGUUCAAAAAUUGGACCAAACAGCCUCACCUUUAAUUGACGCAAUCUCACCCGAUCUCUCUGCUUUCCACAAACGCGGCGGAAAACUCAUCACCACGCAAGGUUGGGCAGACCAAUUCAACGCACCACUCUGGCCAAUCCAGCACCGGGAUCAGAUUCAAAAAACUAUGAAAGAGGUCAAUACCACUGAUUUCAUUGAGAUUUUCAUGAUCCCUGGAGGUGGACAUUGUGGUGCGAAUCCUGCCUACCCUCAUGUCCCGUCCACGUAUCACAUUCUGGACGCACUGGUGCCAUGGGUAGAGAAGGGAGUUCAUCCAGCUCAAAUUCGGACAUCGGACCCUCCGGAUGGGUCUAAUGCUACGCGGAAGCUUUGCCCAUGGCCAAAGAAUGCCCGGUAUCUGGUUGGGGACAUUGAUGAUUGGGCUUCGUAUGAUUGUGUUUAG